AUGCCUAGAGUGUUCAACUUUAACGUCGGCUUGCUUGGUCAUGUUGACAGUGGCAAGACAAGUUUGGCCAAGGCGUUGAGUACGAAGAAAAGUACGGCUGCCUUCGAUAAGAACCCUCAGAGCCAGGAACGAGGCAUCACACUAGACCUUGGUUUUUCAACAUUCUCGAUCGAAUGCAACCCGGAGUUGAAAGCAAAAGAUAGCCGUUUUAGCAACUAUGAUUUAAUCCAGUUUACACUGGUCGAUUGUCCUGGGCACGCAUCCCUAAUACGAACGGUCAUAGGAGGUGCCCAGAUAAUCGACUUAAUAUUGUUGGUAAUAGACGUGAUGAAGGGAAUACAGACCCAGACUGCCGAGUGCAUUGUGCUUGGUGAAAUCUGCUGCCCCGGUCGCAUGGUAAUUGCGUUGAACAAGGCUGACCUGCUGCCUGAAGACAGUUUUGACGAAGCGGUCGAAAAGCAGCAAAAGAAGUUUAACAGGGUACUUUCCGAGACGAGUUUCAGAAACUGUGAGAUCGUACCGUCGUCGGCCGUUGCACUUCACGAUAGUCCGUUGAUUAUUAAGCUACUCGACGUUCUGAAAAACAGUUUGUACUUCCCUGACAGAAGCUGCGGUGGCGAUUUCUUGUUCGCGGUGGAUCACUGCUUCAGUUUGCGAGGCCAGGGAACAGUGAUGACCGGUACGGUGCUUAAUGGCGAUGCCAAACUGGGGGAUUUGAUCGAAAUUCCUCAGUUGAAGGAAUCCAGGAAACUUAAGUCUAUUCAGGUGUAUGGUAAUCCGGUUAAUUCUAUAUCUCAGGGCGACCGUGCGGGCAUCUGUGUACCCCAACUCGAUGCGAAAGCCUUUGAACGAGGCCUGAUUUGUAAAAAUGGCGCUGUUACCCUAAUUUACGCUUGUAUCGUAUCAGUGCAGCGAAUUCGGUACUUCAAACAGCCGAUCCUUUCAAAGUCGAAAUUUCACACCAGCAUCGGUUACGAAACGGUGAUGGCAAAAUGUAGCUUCUUCCAGUGCGUCUACGACGACUGUCAUUGCGGUGGUUCGGCUAAACGCCAUGUGUACGCUGUUUUGGAGUUCGAGCACGCAAUCUUCAGUACGUUGGACGCAAUCUACAUAACUUCACGACUCGAUAACGAUAUCAACCUGAAACAGUGUCGUCUGGGGUUUCACGGCCGCAUCCUGUUGGCCUUCAAGAAUCAAACCUACGAUCAACAAGACUUACGGAGUUUGAAGGUUUUCAAAUUGAAGCACAAGCAGGGAACAGUCGAUCGAAUGAUCGACGAUCGUACGGUCAUUGUCAAAGGCUUGUUCAAGAAAGAAACGAACCUGGACUGUUUUCUUCGUUGUAACGUUACGUUGUCUACCGGAGAAGUAGGCGAAAUCACUGGCAGCUUCGGACAGAGCGGCAAAGUGAAGGUAUUCGUACCUUCUGGCCUUCUUCAUUCUACUGUCGAAAUCUUACGCGGGCAUUCCGAGUCAAAGAUGAUACCAAGAGCAGCCAAGGCGGUGACAAUCGACAGCUCUAGCAAAACGACCGCAGUUGUCACCGUAGCUUUAACUUUUAAACGCUACCUUCAUGAUUCUUCGAAGAAGGGAGAAGACGAGGACAUGGGUGAUGAUGAUGAAGAACUUGAAGACGAAGACGAUAUUUCUGAAUCUACGGGUGAGGAAGACGCGGAAUUCGAAGGUGCGCGAAAAAUCAACAUUUUGGUCAGCUCUCCACGUCUGGAUUCCAUUGUCAAAUCAGCAUUUAAGUUGCAUCGGAGGUAAUU